CUAUCUGUCGGAGGAGGCGGUUUGACACUUCCAGCUGCUGCUGUCGCUGUCUUGAAAACUAUUAAAACAAAACCAUUGCGAGCAGCGCGGUAAACUCUGACAGUUUGAGGUCUCGGUGGAGAUAAAUAAAUAGACAUUGCAGAAGUGAGUUUAAUUCAACAUAACUGUGUGUGAGUUGUGAAAAAUAAGCAGCGGUUUGGUCGCUAGCUCGUUAGCACGCGCAGCAAAGGCAACGACAACUGAGCAGGGAUGUCCGUUAUCUGUGUUGUCUCAGGAGAAUGUCUGUGAAUGUUCCCAUUUGCAGUUUUGGGAUUAAUCCUAUGGAUAUUAUUGCUACUAUGGAGGAUUAAUACCAAGACAGCAGUGAUGCCCGUGAAAGGAGAGGAAUGUCCGCCUAGCUGUGGUCCGCCUGCAGCUGAGGAGGACAUGUCUACUCAAUCCCAUCAUCCAGGUGAACAUUCCCUGUCAACAGUUUCUUCUACCUCAACCCGCAAUGAGGAUAACAGUGCCUCUGCGGGUCUUGAUGUCAAAACAGUGGACACCAAGGCUCAGCAGGCGUCUUCUAAGGUCAAAGAAGAAGAACCAUCAUUGCUACCGACUACCCAGAAAUCUGCCAAAACCAAAGUGCCAAUGCUCAGCUCAGGGCCCGAGGUGAGGGAACGCCUCAAGUUCAUUCUCGGAGCAUCGGAGGAUAACUCUUCAGACGAGGAACUUCUGGUCAUCAAACCUCCAAGUGGCACAUCUCAGCUACCGACAUCUACCUCCAGAUCUUCUCCUCAGCAGGUGUCCUCUGCAUUGCCAGAGUUCAGAUCCUCAGGCAUCAAGCCUAGCAUGUCUGGUCUUCACUUGGUGAAAAAAGGACGUGAGCACAGAAAGAUGGAUCUGCAGAGGGACUUCACUGUGGCCUCUCCUGCAGAGUUUGUCACCCGAUUUGGUGGCAACCGUAUCAUCGAAAAAGUGCUGAUAGCUAAUAACGGGAUAGCCGCCGUCAAAUGUAUGCGUUCUAUCCGUCGCUGGUCUUACGAAAUGUUUCGCAAUGAAAGGACCAUCCGCUUUGUGGUCAUGGUAACUCCUGAAGACUUAAAAGCCAAUGCAGAAUACAUUAAAAUGGCAGAUCAUUAUGUGCCUGUACCCGGUGGGACCAACAACAACAACUACGCCAAUGUAGAGCUGAUAGUGGACAUUGCUAAAAGAAUCCCAGUGCAGGCUGUGUGGGCUGGUUGGGGUCAUGCCUCAGAAAAUCCCAAACUGCCAGAGCUGUUGAACAAAGCAGGAAUAUCAUUCUUAGGGCCGUCCAGUAAGGCAAUGUGGGCUCUCGGGGAUAAGGUGGCUUCUUCCAUUGUGGCUCAGAGUGCCGACAUUCCCACACUACCAUGGAGUGGCUCAGGUCUGAGAAUGGACUGGGCAGAGGAGGACCAAACACUGGGCAAAGUAAUCAGUGUUCCUCCAGAGGUGUACGCAAAGGGCUGUGUUCAGGAUGUAGAUGAUGGGCUGGCAGAAGCUGAGAGAAUUGGUUAUCCGGUUGUUAUCAAGGCCUCAGAGGGUGGAGGUGGAAAGGGUAUCCGUAAAGUAGAAAGUUCUGAGGAUUUUCCAAGUUUUUUUAGACAGGUUCAGACAGAGGUACCCGGCUCGCCUAUCUUCAUCAUGCAGCAGGCUCAGCAUGCGAGACAUCUCGAGGUUCAGAUUCUGGCUGAUGAGUAUGGAAAUGCCAUCUCUCUGUUCGGACGAGACUGCUCCAUCCAAAGAAGACACCAGAAGAUCAUAGAGGAGGCUCCUGCCACCAUAGCUGCUGCCUCAACAUUUGAGCAAAUGGAACGGUAUGCCGUGCGACUGGCCAAGAUGGUGGGCUACGUCAGUGCAGGUACUGUGGAAUAUCUCUUUUCUGAAGACGGAAGUUUCCAUUUCCUGGAGCUGAAUCCCCGCCUGCAGGUGGAACAUCCCUGUACAGAGAUGAUUGGAGAUGUAAACCUGCCUGCUGCCCAGCUUCAGAUUGCGAUGGGCAUCCCCCUUCAUAGAAUUAAGGACAUCCGCUUGCUUUAUGGAGAAACUCCGUGGGGUGACACCAUCAUUAACUUUGAGAAUCCAGACUGCGUACCAAGUCCAAGAGGGCACGUCAUAGCUGCUCGGAUCACCAGUGAGAACCCUGACGAGGGGUUCAAGCCCAGCUCUGGCACCGUGCAGGAGCUGAACUUCCGUAGCAAUAAAAAUGUCUGGGGCUAUUUCAGUGUGGGGGCAACUGGUGGGCUGCAUGAAUUUGCGGACUCCCAGUUUGGACACUGUUUCUCCUGGGGUGAGAACCGUGAAGAAGCCAUUUCGAACAUGGUGGUGGCUUUGAAGGAGCUGUCCAUUCGAGGCGACUUCAGGACCACGGUUGAAUACCUCAUUAAGUUACUAGAGACAGAAAGCUUCAGAAACAACGACAUCGACACCAGCUGGCUGGAUCAUCUCAUUGCAGACAAAGUGCAGGCGGAGAGACCAAAUACCAUGCUGGGUAUUGUUUGUGGGGCUUUGCAUGUUGCUGAUACGAGCUUCCAAAAGAGCAUGUCUGACUACCUACAUUCACUGGAAAGAGGCCAAGUACUGCCUGCGGCCAGCCUCCUAAACUCUGUCAGUGUGGACCUUAUAUAUGAAGGAGUCAAGUUCUUCCUCAGGGUGGCUCGCCAAUCCCCAACAACUUAUGUCAUCAUGAUGAACGACUCCAACAUUGAGAUAGAUGUCCACAGGCUGAGUGAUGGUGGCCUCCUACUGUCCUAUGAUGGCAGCAGCCAUACCACCUACAUGAAGGAGGAAGUGGACAGCUACCGCAUCACUGUGGGCAACAAGACUUGUGUAUUUGAGAAGGAGAAAGAUCCCACGGUGCUGAGGUCUCCCUCUGCUGGUAAACUGCUGCAGUACGUGGUUGAGGACGGAUGUCACAUUUGUGCUGGAGAUACAUAUGCAGAGAUUGAGGUGAUGAAGAUGGUAAUGACUCUGACUGUGCAGCAGUCAGGCUUUAUCCACUUUGUUAAGAGACCUGGAGCAGUUCUGGAGCCUGGCUGUGUGAUGGCACAUAUAGACCUGGAUGACCCCAGCAGUAUACACUGGGUGGAGCUCAACACCGCCAAACUGCCACCCCAGCAACCACUGCCCGUUGUCGGGGAAAAACUUCACCAGGUGUUUCACAGUGUGCUGGAAAACUUGGGUAAAGUCAUGGAUGGCUACUGCCUUGAAGAGCCGUACUUUAGCAGCAAGCUCAAACAGUGGGUGAAUACCCUGAUGAAGACUUUGAGGGACCCCUCGCUGCCGCUGUUGGAACUCCAGGAGAUCAUGACGAGUGUGGCGGGGCGCAUUCCUCCUGGCGUGGAGAAAGAUAUCCGUAAAGUCAUGGCCCAGUACGCGAGCAACAUCACCUCUGUCCUCUGCCAGUUCCCUAGCCAAAGGAUUGCAAACGUUCUAGACAGCCAUGCGGCCACCCUACAGAGGAAGGCUGACCGAGAGGUGUUCUUCAUGAACACUCAGAGUAUCGUUCAACUGGUACAGAGGUACCGCAGUGGAAUUCGUGGUUAUAUGAAGUCGGUGGUUCUCGAUCUGCUCAAGCGAUACCUGCAAGUAGAGAUGCAGUUUCAGCAAGCUCACUAUGACAAGUGUGUGAUCAACCUGAGGGAGCAGUACAAACCUGACAUGAGUCCUGUGCUGGAGUACAUCUUCUCUCAUGCCCAGGUCUCCAAGAAGAACGUCCUAGUCAUAAUGCUCAUUGACCAACUGUGUGGAAGGGAUUCCAUGCUAGCAGAUGAGCUGAUGGCCAUUUUGAACGAGCUCACGCAGCUUGGCAAGAUGGAGAACUCAAAGGUGGCACUGAGAGCCAGACAGGUCUUGAUUGCCUCCCAUUUACCAUCAUACGAACUGAGGCACAACCAGGUGGAGUCCAUCUUCCUGUCAGCCAUUGACUUGUACGGCCACCAGUUUUGUCCAGAAAACUUGAAGAAACUAAUUCUCUCUGAAACCUCCAUUUUUGAUGUCUUGCCCAAUUUCUUCUAUCACUCAAAUCAAGUUGUCUGCAUGGCUGCCUUGGAGGUGUAUGUGCGCAGAGCUUACAUUGCCUAUGAGCUAAACAGCAUCCAGCAUCACCAGCUGCAGGAUGGAACGUGUGCUGUAGACUUCCAGUUUAUGCUGCCGUCGUCACACCCAAACAGAGGGAGCAGCCCUACUCUGAACAGGGUUCCUGUGCCAGUGAGUGGAUCAGGCCAGUUUAAAAUGAGGCGACAGAGCAGUGACCUCUUUAUGGAGGGAGCUUUGUCUCCACCCUGCCAGCGAAUGGGCGCCAUGGUAGCUUUCCAGUGUUUUGAUGACUUUAAAAGGAAUGUUGAUGAAGUUCUCUUCAGCUUUGCAGAACCACUCUUGGAGAGUGCUCCGUUCUCAGAGUCCUGCUCCAGUCUCUAUGAGGAGGAGAACUUCAAGAAUACGAGGGAGAACCCAAUCCACAUCAUUAAUGUGUCCAUAAAAACAGCGGAUACAGAAGAUGACGAUGCUUUGGUUACAGCCUUCACUGCCUUUGCACAGUCAAAGAAAGCUGUGCUCUUUGAGUAUGGAAUCAGGAGAAUCACAUUUUUGGUUGCACAGAAGAGAGAAUUUCCCAAGUUCUUCACUUUCAGAGCUAGAGAUGGGUUCCAGGAGGAUCGUAUUUACCGUAAUCUGGAGCCAGCGUUAGCAUUUCAGCUGGAGCUCAACCGGAUGAGAAACUUUGACCUGACGGCCGUUCCGUGUGCCAACCACAAGAUGCACCUCUACCUCGGUGCUGCUCGUGUGCAGGAGGGUGCUGAAGUCACAGACUACCGCUUCUUCAUACGAGCUAUUAUCCGCCACUCAGAUCUCAUUACAAAGGAAGCCUCCUUUGAAUACCUCCAAAAUGAGGGAGAACGUCUUCUGUUAGAGGCCAUGGAUGAGUUGGAGGUGGCCUUCAGUAACACCAGUGUCCGCACAGACUGCAACCACAUCUUCCUUAACUUCGUACCCACCGUCAUUAUGGACCCCUCUAAAGUCAGUGUCCAGCACAUAUAUGCUACCAUAGUACUGGAUUAUAUUAGAUUUCUCAUUGGUCUUUUGUCUAUUUCUUGGCUCCCCCAGAUAGAGGAGUCUGUUCGCUCCAUGGUGAUGCGCUACGGCAGCCGUCUUUGGAAGCUGCGCGUCCUGCAGGCUGAGCUGAAGAUCAAUAUCCGUCUGACACCAACUGGAAAUGCCGUUCCUAUCCGCCUGUUUAUCACAAAUGAGUCUGGCUAUUACUUGGACAUCAGCCUGUACAAAGAGGUUACUGACCCAUGUUCCAGACAGAUCAUGUUCCAGUCAUAUGGAGAUAAACAGGGUCCUCUGCAUGGCAUGCUGAUCAAUACUCCGUAUGUGACCAAAGACCUGCUGCAGGCCAAGCGCUUCCAGGCUCAAACUUUGGGGACUACAUAUGUCUAUGACUUCCCAGAGAUGUUCAGACAGGCACUGUUUAAAAUGUGGGGUCGAGGUGAAAAACAACCCAAAGACGUACUGAUGUGCACCGAGCUGGUUCUGGACCCUCAAGGUCGACUCGUGCAGAUGAACCGCCUGCCUGGAGACAAUGAUGUGGGAAUGGUUGCCUUCAGGAUGAAGAUGAAGACCCCAGAGUACCCAGAGGGCAGAGAAAUCAUUGUCAUCAGUAAUGACAUCACUCACAUGAUCGGCUCAUUUGGUCCUCAAGAGGAUGAGCUGUUCCUCAGGGCGUCUGAGUUGGCUCGGGCUGAGGGCCUCCCCCGUAUUUACAUCGCAGCCAACAGUGGAGCACGAAUCGGCCUCGCUGAAGAGAUCAAACACAUGUUCCAGGUGGCCUGGAUUGACCCCGCUGACCCCUACAAGGGUUUCAAGUACCUAUACCUGACACCUCAGGACUACACACUUAUCAGCUCCACCAAUGCUGUUCACUGUCACCAUGUAGAGGAAGGUGGAGAGUCCAGGUACAUCAUCACUGACAUCAUUGGGAAGGACGAUGGUCUUGGGGUAGAGAACCUGCGAGGUUCUGGCACCAUUGCUGGAGAAUCCUCUCAGGCCUAUGAGGAGAUCGUUACAAUUAGUAUGGUGACAUGUCGCGCUAUUGGAAUUGGAGCCUAUCUGGUCCGUUUGGGACAGAGAGUGAUUCAGGUGGAAAACUCUCACAUUAUCCUGACUGGAGCGGGUGCUCUUAACAAGGUUUUGGGUACAGAGGUCUACACUUCCAACAACCAGCUGGGAGGGGUCCAGAUCAUGCACAAUAAUGGAGUCACACACAGCACUGUGCCUGAUGACUUUGAGGGCGUCUUCACCAUACUCCAGUGGCUCUCCUAUAUGCCAAAGAAUAAUCACUCCCCUGUUCCUGUUAUAGCAACUCUAGAUCCAGUGGAUAGAGAGAUAGAAUAUACUCCCACAAAAGCACCUUAUGAUCCCCGCUGGAUGCUGGCUGGGAGACCUCACCCCACGGUGAGAGGUGCCUGGCAAAGUGGAUUCUUUGACCACGGCUCUUUCAUGGAGAUCAUGGAGUCUUGGGCUCAGACAGUGGUAGUAGGCAGAGCACGUUUAGGAGGAAUUCCCCUUGGUGUCAUUGCUGUCGAAACACGCACAGUUGAGUUCACAGUCCCGGCAGACCCAGCCAACCUGGAUUCAGAAUCUAAAGUUCUACAGCAGGCUGGCCAGGUGUGGUUUCCAGACUCUGCGUUUAAAACAGCUCAGGCAAUCUGUGACUUCAACCUUGAACAUCUGCCUCUCAUGGUGUUUGCCAACUGGAGAGGCUUCUCUGGUGGAAUGAAGGAUAUGUAUGACCAGGUACUGAAGUUUGGGGCCUAUAUCGUUGACGCCCUGCGUAGUUUCCGCCAGCCAGUGCUGGUGUACAUCCCACCACACGCUGAGCUGAGAGGAGGCUCAUGGGUAGUGAUAGACCCCACCAUCAACCCUCUGUGUAUGGAGCUCUAUGCAGACAGGGAGAGCAGAGGUGGUGUGCUGGAGGCUGAGGGUACAGUGGAGAUCAAAUUCAGGAGGAAAGACCUGCUGAAGACGAUGAGGAGACUAGAUUCAGUCUAUGCUAGUCUCGCUGAGCAGCUUGCUUCCCCAGAGCUAUCUGACAAACAGUGCCGAGAGCUGGAGUGUAAGCUCAAAGCAAGGGAGGAAUUCCUAUUGCCCAUCUACCACCAGGUGGCAGUGCAGUUUGUAGAUCUCCAUGACACACCAGGCAGGAUGCAGGAGAAGGGCGUCAUCACUGAUAUUUUGGAUUGGAAGAAUGUGCGGACCUUCUUCUACUGGCGCUUGCGUCGCCUCCUAUUGGAGCAGGUGGUGAAGUGUGAGAUUCUGCAGGCCAACAAAGACCUCAGUGACGGACACAUGCACUCCAUGCUACGGCGCUGGUUUGUUGAAACAGAAGGAACAGUCAAGGCCUACCUCUGGGAUAACAACCAAGCAGUAGUUGAGUGGCUGGAGAAGCAUUUGUCCAAGGAGGAUGGUACUCGAUCCGCCAUCCAAGAGAACAUCAAGUACCUAAAAAAAGAAAACACUUUGAAACACAUCCGCAGCCUGGUGCAGGCCAACCCUGACGUAACCAUGGACUGCAUCAUCCACAUGAGCCAGAAUAUUACUCCGUCCCAGAGGGCUAAGCUCUCGCAUCUGCUCGCCACUAUGGACAGCACCAGCACCAGUUAAGCUCAUGAGCUUUAUCAGGUUGUGUUAUUAAUAAGAACAAAAGCUCUGUUCUAGUUGAAAAAAUAUUAUUACUAUUAUUAAUUGUAGGUGCACAAUUUAAAGCUAAAUGGGCAAUUCUUUGCAAUAAUGCACACAUGCACAAAGUGACUUAUUCCUCAGUGAUCACAAAACCACUACACUGGUCUGUUGUUAACAUUGCUGUUGUAUGGCGUCUUUGGUGGGAUGUCAUUAUCCGGUCCACUACUGACUGACAGGCAGAGUUUGUCUUUUACAAUUGGGAGGUAAGCAGUCAUUUCAGCUUCCCAGUCCAGGAACUUUCUGGUUCACAAACUAUGAUUGUAACGCACAUUUCACUUGGCUGUAUUUGUACACAAAGGUGUGUCAGUGUUUUUUUUGCUGGCUCUGUGCAGUCCAUUGAGGCCAGAGUUACAGUACACAAGGUUGAAGCGUAAAGUGGGAGACUUAAUAUUUUGGUGCUCGUUAUCAUAUUCACUUAAAGGUGUUAAAUAAAGAAAAGUGUUCAUCUUUGAAUGUAGCUUGAGCAACUAGUCAAUUCUUUAUCAAUUUUGAUCUAAUUCGGCUAAUUUCUAAGCCAGAAAAUGGGGAAGUCUAUCCAUUCUGUGUAAUUUCUGCUUUGGCUAAAUAUAGAUAUGGAUUUUUAUACCAGUAUUGUCAUGCAGAAAUGCAAAUUAAGAAGCAGAUGAGUUUUUAUUCUAAUAAGCUGUUUGCAUGAGUGCAGUCCAUCUUUUCACUGUUAUUUUAAGUCUGAUGUGUACGUAGGCUGUAGUGUUUUUUUGUGCUAAGACAAUGUUAUGAAUGGUAGGAGAGACUGUGACAGCGUAUGUAAUACUUUGCUUUUGUUUUUGUUGGUAUAUCUAUGAUAUUGAGUUUCACAAAAGGUGGACAACAGUCAUCAAAGUGGUCCCCCAACUGCUGCUUCAUUCGCCUUACCUCUGAUCAGAAUAUCAGCCAUGACAUUUAAUUUGAAUGUAUAUAAACACUUUCCUGGAUCUUGUGUUCUACAAAGGACUGUUUGUUAAUAAAUGUCAUUGAGAUAUG